AUUUUUUGUAGACACACUACACAAGAAUCACUGCAACAUUUAGAAACAAAAUGGCUGUGCUGAUAAGUCUGUGUUUAGCAAUGUUUUUAUUCUUAGCUGGAUGUGAAGGAAGGAAAAUAGAUAAAUUAGAAAAAAGACUUGGUAUUCUGGAACAGAAAUUUGGACUUCAGGCAUAUGAAAAUACUCUUAUGCAAGCUGAAAUAGACAAUUUGAAGAUUAUUGUGGCAGAUAUAGUGGAGAAUAUAUCUAACAUUAUCAGAGAUGAUGAAGAAUCCCCAAUAAAUAAAAUUAGUAAAACUGGUGAUGAAUCUGCUGAAGCUGAUACUUCUGGUGUUGCUGUCUGUGACAAUGUGUGUGUGGAAGAGAACGCUGGGGUGGCAGAUUUGAAGAAGAAUCUAACUAGGAUAGUACAGACCACAACAUUACUGAUGGAUGCAUUCAAAAAUGAGAAAGAAGCCCGAAAUAAACAACAUGCAGAAAUUGAAACUCUUCAGAAAAGUGAAAAUGUUCACAAGGUUCAUUUAAAUAAGCUGAAAGAAAGCCUUGAAAUAACACAAAAAGAUUUUAAAACACUGAAAGACUCAUAUGGAGAGGAAAAAGAAGAAAUGCUUGAGGACAUUGAGCAGUUACAGACUUAUCAGAACGCCAUGGAGGAAUCUGCAGUAGAACUUAAAAUACAGAAUAACCAAAAUGAAAUUGCUAAAAUAUCAACAAACUUUGACAGAAUUGUCAACAACAUGGAGACAAAAUAUAACAAAAUUGAUAAAAAUAUGAGAGAAAUGGGAGAAAACGUUGGAACAAGACAUAUAUCUUUUUCUGCCAAACUUUCUGGCAGUGUUGAAAACCUGCCAGCCUGGCACACUUUAGUCUUCUCUAACAUUAUACACAACAACGGUAAUGCUUAUUCUCCGAAAACUGGACUCUUCACAGCUCCCGUGUCUGGUGUCUACAUGUUUUAUACACAUAUUCUUGGGAAAAGCCGCAGGUUAGAAAUGUGUUUGCAGCACAAUGGUACAACUAAACUAUGGCUGUAUGUUCACGGUAUGACACACGGAGCUGAUAGUAACAUGAUCGUAUUACACUUGAACAAAGGUGAUGAAAUCAAAGUAGUAAAACAUGGACCUUAUGGGAGUGCACCAUUUUAUGUGCACAAUGUCUGGACAACCUUCUCUGGCUUCAUGCUAUAUGAAACAUAAUUCUAUGGAUUUGAUAGAAAACUAAUGACUGUAUAUCAUAUGUCAUGUAUAUAUUUAUCGCAUAUGUUGAACAAGACAGUGUUGCAAAAGCAUUACUUUCUUGUGAAAGACUAAAGCUAUGUUAUCCUGAUUCAUGGAAAUUCUUUGAUAAAUUGAUGUUAACAACAUGAAAGCAGCAUGAUAUGUUUACUUUGUAAAUUAUAAGUAAUAAUAAUUAUGUCUACCAUGUAUUGCCUGUUUCAUCAUUGAAUGUCAAAUGUUUUACUCCAUGGAUAUUUUCACAAUGAAGACGUUUCAUUUCCGAGACAGUUCCCAUAUAAAUUAGCUAUUAUAGUUUAGAAAAGGGUACAGUAGAUAAUGGAACAUUGAAAGAACUCAAAUAUUGUAAGUAACCAGCAUUUAUGUACAUGUACCAAAAAAUUGAAAGAGAGUGUCAUUUUUCAUUAGUACAUUGUAUUUCCGUAUAUAAUGACUAUUCUCAAUAUAUUUCUUGAUAUUUUUUCCUUUGGAUAUUUUUUUUCUGUUUUAAAUGCCCCACUUGACUUGAUUUAUGAAAUAAAUUCAAAUUCUAUGUUUUUGAGCUUAAAUUGUACCCCAGUGGAUUACCUUGAAUUAUUCUGACCAUGAUACAAGAAAGAGAUACAAUCUCUUCAAUUAAAGUUUUUUUAUAAUUUUGUUUCAAGUAUUGUAAAUGUACUGAGAAAUAUGUACAUCCUACACUUGUAUUUAUCAUAUUUUUCUGCACUGAAAAUCAUACUGCCUCGAUGUUAUUAGGAGUAACAUGUACAUGUAUAAUGAUUAUGCCAAUAAAAUAUUUGACAUGA